AUGAAUGAAGUGUUCAAAUCCCAUUUGAGGAAAUUUAUACUGGUUUUCUUCGACGAUAUACUGAUUUAUAGUAAAUCUGAAAUUGACCAUUUGAGACAUGUGCAAGUGGCUCUUGAAACACUAAGAGAGCAUAAGCUAUAUGCUAAACUCUCUAAAUGCAAGUUCUGGUGUAGGGAGAUAGCAUAUUUGGGGCACUUAAUCUCUGCUCAAGGAGUGCGGACAGAUAUUGAAAAACUACAGGCCAUGAAGGAUUGGCCCCUUCCUGGAUCUAUUAAAGCCUUACGGGGUUUUUUGGAGCUGACCGGGUAUUAUCGACGGUUCAUCAAGGACUAUGGGGGAAUUGCAGGUCCGCUGACCAGAAUGCUAAGGAAGGGUAGUUUCCAAUGGAGCGAAGAAGCAAAAAAGGCUUUUCAUGACUUGAAGGAAAGUCGUCUCUUGCCCCUGGUACUCGCGUUGCCAGAUUUUACAGCACCCUUUACCAUAAAGUGUGAUGCAUUGGGUACAACCAUAGGAGCUGUUUUGAUGUAG